CUUGCUCUCUCUCUCUCUCUCAUAUCAUUAGUCAUUACCCGCACUGAAAACCUUAGUACUGCUAGCUACUAGCUUCCUGUGUAGCUCGAGGAAGAGAGAAUCCGACUGAGUGCGAGCAAUGGCGAAGCCGCAGCAGGAGGUGUACUUCGUGUUCAUGAACUUCGACCCUGUCUACGAGCGCCUGAGGGCCGAUCGGACGAAGCAGGGGUCAGCGACGCUGGACGCGUACCUGAGCCAGAAGCACGACAAGCUCCUCGCCAAGCUCCUCCAGCCCGACACCUAUUGGAAGAAGUCCUCGCUGGCCAUCGUCGACGGAUUUGCCGUCGAGAUCACCGACGCUCAGGCGAGCGUGCUGAGGUCGGCCAAGGAGGUGAGGGUGGUGGAGAAGAACCAGGAGCUUGAUUGACCAGCCAAACAUCCAGGCAGUCAUAAGCAUAAUCAUUUAGAUGCUUUUGGCAUCUGCCAUAGCUAUGGAAGCUUGGUUUAGUAUAAGCCAAGGCUGGAGAACGUUGAUCAGUUGCUAUUAGUCAAUUGCUUUUGCGGCGUAAGUGUAUCGAUCGGUGUGUGUUUUUGUGUGAUCUCCCAUGGCUUUGUUGACUCUAAUGUCAAGAUCAAGCUUAGCUGCUAUCGUUAUAUACUAGUACGUACUACUACUACUAUUUAAUUAGCACUAGCUGCAGUAAUAUAGAUAUAUAAAGUUCAUCAUCGAUCUUACUAGCAAGGGUCUACUACUGAUAUUCAGAGCAAGACUUUGAAGAUUUGAACCCUGCAAUGUAAUGGUGAUUAUAAAUGAAUGAUCAAUUAGUUAAAAAAAAACUAUCUGUGUAGCGGUAGUAUUUUAUAAGCUCAUGCAUGUACUCUCUUCCGGUGUCCA